CGGAGGCAUAGCGCACUCACAGGCGUGUCAAAGCGGGAGCAGUACGCGUUAUCUUUAGUAGCCUAUAUCUUCUCAUUAUAUAUAAACUGCGAAAGAAAAAUAAGGAAUACCAAGGUUGCGGUCAAAGUUUGCAUUGCUUUUCAAGCUCGUGAACGGAACUCUGUGUUCAACCCGUUUCCGCGACCAGACCAGAAAAAUGGCUCUCUUCACACUUCCAACCGCCUGCGAGGUGUUUCUAAGAGUGAUAGAUGCACCCACAGGUGAGCUGUGAUCUCAGCUGUACUCUCACACAUCAGCACAUCUCAGCAGAAGGUGGAUGCUGUCAUGCCAUUUGGGUGCCUUGCCCUGCGAGAUGGGCGGACGUACCACAGCCUAUCAGACAUCACAGACAAAUAUGAGAUUGGACAGGUCCUAAAGGCGAAGGAGUUCUGCGAGCUAUGUCUAAUGAAAGACCGCCAGACGGACAAGGUUUAUGUGUGCAAGAAAUUCCUCAAGAAGGAUGGCAGGAAAGUACGGAAGGCUGCCAAGAACGAGAUCAUGAUCCUGAAAAUGAUCAACCACCCAAACAUCCUGAAGUUGAUCGAUGCGUUUGAAACCAGGAAAGAGUUCUACAUCAUCCAAGAGCUGGCCACAGGUGGAGAUGUAUUUGAUUGGAUCCUGGACCAGGGGAAUUACACAGAGCGAGAUGCUGCCAGCGUAAUUCGGCAGGUCCUAGAGGCAGUGGCUUACCUUCACUCCCUCAACAUAGUGCACAGGAACUUAAAACUGGAGAACCUGAUGUAUUACACAGAGAAUAACCACAACAAAGUGGUGCUGCGGGACUUCUACCUGUCCAGAUUCGAGAACGGCUCCAUCACUGAACCCUGUGGAACACCAGAGUACCUGGCCCCAGAGGUGGUGGCCCGGCAUCGGUACGGAAGACCAGUAGACUGCUGGGCUGUUGGGGUCAUCAUGUAUAUGCUGCUGUCAGGAAACCCUCCUUUCUACGAUGAGACGGAAGAGGAGAACUCCGACAUGCACAACCGUAUCAUCUUCUGCCGGAUUGUGGCGGGAGACUUUGAGUUUGACUCUCCCUACUGGGACGACAUAUCACCUGCUGCUAAAGAGCUGGUGUGCAAACUGAUGGAGGUCGACCAGAUGAUACGAAUCACAGCGCAGGAAGCUCUGUGGCAUGAAUGGAUUGCGGGGAACGCCGCCUCGGAAAAGAACCUGAAGGACGGCGUGUGCGCUCAGUUCGAAAAGAACUUUGCGAAGGCCAAGUGGAGGAAAGCAAUCAGAGUCACAACGUUCAUGCAGCGUCUUCGUGCCUCAGAGCUAGCGUCUGCGCAAGGGGCAACGGAGAGCCAAAGGGAGGGGGGACGAGCCGGAGCAGGGAGCAAGGGCCCCCCCACUGACUCCGCAGGCGUGUCUUGUGUGGUGACAGCCCAAAACGGACCACCCGGGGAACGAGAGGGGAAGCAGCCACAACAGGAGAAAGAAAGUACUGCUGCCCCUCCGCUCACAGAAACAGCAAAGCCCCUUGCUCAAACCCACUCCUCAACUCAAACGCAAGAGGAGGAGCGUUGCAAGAGUGAGGAGAAGCAAGGGACUGGGGUUGGCUCUUGCAAAAAGGCAGCCAUUUUAGGCCAAGACAAACAGGUGAGCCAGAGAGCCCCCUCAGCGGAGCCCACCAAGCCCUCUGGUUGCCAAGGGGACAAAUUCACCUCAGAGAACGAGAUCUCUGUUACGGCCAACGCAGACAAGAAAGUGUCAGCUUCUGUUGAAACUCCAAACCGCCGCAAGAUGGCCGCCAACCUCUCUCUGGAUCGUAAUUUAGGGGCCGGUGAUAGGAUUAGCAAUCUGUCUGCUGACAGGGAACAGCCAGGAAAGGUAGGGGAGAAAGCAGAAGGGACACGAAAGCAGGAAAUGUCUCCUGGAAGUUGGUGUCAGACCCAGCUUCCAGAGGCAGUAGCCGAGAGGCAGGCAGGAGCCGGUACGGUAGCUGAGGUCAGUCCAAAGAGCCGGGAUAAGGAAGCAGGGAGAACAGACAGGGCUAGUCAAUCAGGAAAACAGUCCUGUCCUGCCGCAGCAGUAGGCUCUUUAAGCAUGGGCCCGAACAAGGCUGUGAACGUGGACGAACAGAGAGAGCUAAGCCCCGGUGCCUCUUACGCGAGUCCGUACUGCCCAGCCUACUCUGUUAGCGGUGGCACAGUGUUCAGUGCUCUUGAGCAAGGAGGAAGGGCCAGUGCAGACUGGCAAAUGGACAGUGUGAUUGAACAAAUCGAGAAGCAAAUGGCAGCUGUGCUCGAAAAGAUCGAAGGGGACAUGCCCUCGUUGUUGGGGCAGGUCAACGAGUGUCCGGAGACCCUGCCAAGGGCAAAAAGUGCACACUCGUCUCCCUCAUGCUGCCCUCGCUCUUACCACCACCAUUCCACCCCACCACCUCUUCCCACAACCCCACGGCCAGCCAUGCCCUCUCUACCACACUUAACUAUUCCCCCGCCCUCCUACCCACCCCCGUCCCCACCUACCCAUAUCCAGGUUCAUAACCAACCAAGCAGUGAUCAGGAUGAGAGAGAUGGGCAAAGGGGCGUUGGGAGAUCGAGCCAGUCACCAAGGGGACGGUCGUCAGGGAAAGAUCUGUGAACCUUACGUGAUCGCGAGGAUAGGUUGCAGUAAAUCAACUGUGAGAAGAAAAAAAAAAAAGAAAUCUCAAAAUAGCAGCUAAGUUUUGAUUUAUUUAUUUUUCUUGCAAAUUCAAAUUAUAGAGUAGCUGUUUUCUUUGCAUUUUGUUGAGCAGAGUCAUGACCAGCUGUGUUUGUGAGGAAGGCCGCUGCUAACAGAAAGGAACAAUUACAUGUUUGAGGCUUUGGGGACUGUUACAACGACAAAAUUACAGUGCAACAUUCCUGUGUGUGCAUGUUCAAACACUGGCUUGUGUACACCACAUAAUGGACCCUGUGAUGAUGUCACAACCUAAAAAGCUGUAAAUACUUCUAUUUAAACAGUAUAAUCUGGUAGCAAAUGCUGAUAUUUUACAUGAAUUAUUUUAUAAUCGUAAUCCAAUAAUCUGUCCAAGCACAGAAGAAAGGGUCUUGAUCUUAUGGAUGCAAUACCCCUAUACUAUAGUGUAACCUAGUAUAAAGUUCACCCUGAAAACAAAAUGCAAAAACAUGGGCAUAUAUCCUUCUUAAUGUAUUUAUAUUUAAUCAUGAUUUAAUUGCAUUGGAUAAUUCAUCUAUCAUGGAUUUUGUUCCAAAGACUUUGAGGUUUAGCCAGCUGGCUUGUGUAAUUGUACAAGUUGCAAAACCUACUGUCAUUUUACAUCAACAUUUUGCCAAUAAAGUACACCACGCGGGGGCGCCACAGACUGUGUAAGAAAAAUGUGCUUCUGUCGAGCAAGGAUUCAAGAAUUCAUGUUUGCAAUAUCCAUUUAAAUACCUGUCCACUUCUUGUGUUUGUAGUUACGCGACACGGACCUCUAUUGCAUGUCUUUUUACUCUUACUCUUUUACUCGUAAUACCUUAAAAUAUGUUCGUCCAAAUAAUUGGCUUAUUCAGCCUGCCUUUGCUUUGCCGUGGUGCAUGUCCAUCCUACAUGUUUGGUUAGUCUUUUCUCUCUCUCCCUUUUGUUUUUAUAAAUAUUACUAAAUGUAUUUAAUGUAUAGAUAUUUAUUACUAUUUCCCAAGGUGGAAUUUCUAAAUGUAACUGCCUCGCUUUUGUGCUGUGUAACUUCAGCUUCUUUUAAAAAUAUUUUUGUCUUAGUGAUGUGAAUAGGAUAUUCUUUGAAGCUACUUUUGCACUACCUGCCAAAAUUUCAAUAAAAAUUAGACUAUAUCACAA